GUUCUCUGGAUUCUCUACACAAGAAGUUUGGGUAUUCUCCGUGUUUAGAGACAUUUGGAUGCAUAAUUAAAGACAUAAAUUUAACAGGAUAUCAAAUUGAAUUGUUUAGCAUGGAUCUUCCAUUUGACGGAUUAUAUCGUUUCAAACAGAUAGGAAGGAUGUUAUUACCUACUGAGGACGCAAACUUUUUAAAUUUAGUUUCUGCCAUUUCGUACUUUUAUAGUUUGUUGGAAAGAGUUGAUCGUUCUAUUGAGGAAUUGAAUAAACCAUCUACACCUACUGGCUUGUCGUACCAUAAAGAAUCAUACUCAUCACCUUACAAAACUCGUAUACCAAUCUUAAAUAUUCCGCCUCCUGCGAUCGAUUGA